AUGAGUAGUCAAAUACAAGAACCAAAUUACGUAGUGACUAUUAAGCCAAAUAAAUUUUAUUAUGUCAAACUAGUUAUUAGCAAUUUUUCGCAAGGAGGUUUAUAUUUGUGUGACUAUGGAAACUCUGAUUUAAAUGUUAUACAACCAACUAUUAUGAUGCAGACUUCUGCAACAUAUAUGUGCAAAUCUGAAAAAUUCAAUCGUCUAAGCGCUCAAAUGAGAUUCUGGAGUGCCAAAGAUCUAUAUUGCACUGGAUGGUCUGAAAGUGCCUUCUGUAUAGCCAUUAAUAACGAUGAUACAUCCAGAUUAUUAGUGUACGAAUGUGCAAAAAACGAUUCUUUAGAUGAUGUGAUGAAUAAAAAAGUAGGUAAAGAAAUAAUCAAUUUAACAAAUGGUACUACACAUUCGCGUUUCCUUAAUUCUUGGAUUUAUGCUAGUGCUACAGCUGAUAGUGAUAAGAAUGUAGAAAUUAACAUACAUAUAGGAG